AUGAAAAAGGAAAAUCGUCCACAUACUCUGAACGGUCAUACUGUUUAUAUUUAUAGAGAAUUACGAGUAGCAAAGAAUUUGAAAAAACUUAAGGCGCAAAGAUUCAUAUGCGCAUUAAAAUGCCUUUCGUUCAAACCAUCAAAUGUUAUACCAGAACAAGAAUUAAAAUCUUAUUUUGGUCAAUAUGGUACAAUUGUGACAACUGAAAUAGCACAAAACUAUAUGAUAAUCAACUAUGACGAUUAUGAUUCUGUGGACAAAGCAAUUCAACAUAGUCCCCAUGUCUUAAAUAAUGUCACGUACGAUGUAGAAAAAUAUUUAGAUUCAACUCUUACAAAUAGUAAUACAAAUUUACUUAUAGCAUCAACAUCUGACAUAGAAAAAGAAGCUGUACCAAACUUUCACAAGAGUGAAUCCGCACUCGCAAAUAAAACUCAUAAUGAAUCAAAUGAAGAUUCACGACGUUUCACAGGAUCGCUUAACGAUAACAAAAGUCCAACUGUUGUUGAUGAUCGAUCGCUUGGAAAUCCAAGUCGACUAUUUAGACAAGCUCUUAAUGAUGUCAAAGAUCAAGCAAAUCGUGAUUUACCAAACGAUGUUCCGGCGGACUGGACAUCUAUGAAUUCACAAGCAGGAAAUGCAGGUGGCCAGGGUGAAGUACGCAGAAUAUUCUUUAAAAAUGAUCCAACGAAAAUGGCAGCAAUAAAAGUUUAUUCACAUGACACUAAAACAAAAAAAACUAGCAAAGGACAAAGUGACUAUUUAAAAGAACGAAGAAUGCGCGCUCAUCGAGAAUUAGUCGCUUUAAAAGCACUACGAGGUAUAAAAAAUGUUACUGAAUUAACGCAGUAUACAAAUGAUUAUUCAAAUAUACCUAACGAAAUGGAAGAUGCUAUAGCUGCCGACAAACCCUAUUGGGUAAUUAUGAAUCAUAUCGAUGGAGAAACUUUAGAAGCGUUUAUGGAUAAACAUGAAGAUAUAACUUUGCUGAAUGCGGUUAAAUUAACUAAAAAAUUGCUUCUAACUAUCAAAGAUAUUCAUAGCAGAGGUGUUAUACAUCGUGAUAUAAAACCAAGUAAUUUAUUAUUUGUUUGUCAACCAAAUGCACCAAUUGAAACGGGUGAAAUUCAUGUCAUUGAUUUUGGAUUAGCGUAUAUUGAAACUCGUGAAGAUGAUGUUGAUUGCUCCUCUUUCGAAGAAAAAGAAGUAUAUAAACAAACACAUCUAGGUACCACUAUGGGUAAUAUUUUUUUUCGCGUUCCACAACUCAAUUCACCAACAUUGAAGGACAAGACACCUAAAGAACGAAAUGUCCUGAUACAUGUUCGCCGUAGUCCAACAAUUGAUGCUUCAAGUGUUUGUGCAAUUUUAUUUUGGUUGUUAACUAGUCUUGAACCAGGACCUAAACAUCGUGACAGUGAAAAGCUAGCGCCGCAUCAAAUUGAAGAUGCUUCUACGAUAAUUAUGCGGAAAAUAAAUGAAGCUGCCAAUCAAACAGGCGUUGCACCGGAAUCAGCAUCUGGAUUAAUAAACCAAUUAAAAACUUAUGUUAUGACAACCUUUGAUAAAGGUUUUGAAUAUGCGGAGUAUCAAUGGACGGUUGAACAGUUAGAAUAUCGUUUAGAAUCAGUUAUUCACAUUCUCGAACAAAGUUCUAUGCCAUUUGAUCAACAGCUUAGUAAUGCGACGAAAGCUUUACUUUCACUUGAAUCAACUACACUUCGUUCGAGUCAGAAUUCGAUAAAUUUAAUAUUUAAUAAAGCUUCACUUGCAUUUGAAUCUGCCAAAGUAAACUUUAUCAUCCAACAUCCAUCAUGUUCAUGGUAUGAUGGUCGUUGUCGUUGGUUGGAGUAUCGACAAGAUAUGUCUGAACGUAAAAAUGUUGAUUUAUUAUCUUAUCAACGAAAUAAACAAAAUUGGAAGCUGAUACUUAUUUGCUCUGCUCAUUUUAAUCAAAAUGGAACCAUAGUUACAUUAACCAUUGCUACUGAUUUGAAUGGUGUCUAUAUCGAAUUACCACUAGAUCAAUACGCUCCAACUGAACUAGACAGUUUAAAUAUUCAACUUGAAUUUGAAAAAGAAUUAAUCAAUCUGUUACAAGUCAUAUGCAAACCAGAGCAUACACUAAACAUUGGAUCUGCACCUUUAACAAAUUAA